AGGCUUUGGGUGGAGGAGCUGUACAUGUCAGUCUUUUUACACUUAGUUUUGUUUUUGAUCAGUAAAACCAGAUCUAGUAAUCAAUGUCUGGACUCUGGCUCGUCUGCCCCAUUAUAUAACCUUCUGAGGAAAUCUAAACUAGCACUGAGGUUUUGGUCUGAGAUUGGAAACAAAACACACUUAUCAUUCCAGACUGUUAAAAACCCAUGAAGAAGAAAUAGUUCCCUGACCCUCCAGCUUCACUUGAUCAGCUUUCGUUGAACAGUAUUGAUCAGUGAGAAGAACACUGAUAAGCGGCAAGAUGUUCAUCCAGCAGCUGCCUGACAGUGUGGAGAGUGGUGUGUUGUUUGAAUCAUAAUUGAUUCAUUAAUAUGUUGUGGUUACUGUGACAUCACAGAGACCACAUCCCCUGGUGACAUCACAGCUGUGUGGUUAUAAAUGAGCAGCAGGAGCUCAGAAGGACAAAUAGGAGUCAUGUGGUGGGGAAGAAUCCUGCAGCAGGCGGUCCGACAGGCCAGUGCACAGGCUGGCGUCCUCUUUGAUGUGGACGGCGUCCUCCUACGCGGUGGUUCUGUGAUUCCUGCAGCUCGCCGAGCUCUCAGGAAGCUUGUAGACCAAAACAACAAUUUCCUGUUUCCUGUAGUCUUUGUCACCAAUGCAGGAAGUUGUCAGAGACACCAGAAAGCACAGCAGUUGUCUCACCUGCUGGACAUUCAGAUCACACCUGAGCAGGUGGUCCUGUCUCACAGUCCUCUGCACAUGAUGAAAAGUUUCCAUGAUAAAUGUGUGCUGGUGUCUGGACAGGGUCCAGUGACCCAAAUUGCCUCCACUUUGGGUUUCCAGAAGGUGGUGACGAUAGAGCAGCUCUCUGAACAGCACCCCCUGCUGGACAUGGUGGACCACAACAGGAGACCGACCUCAACUCCAUCUCCUCUGAACAGCCUGCCCCAGAUACAAGCGAUCAUCCUGUUUGGGGAACCGGUCAGAUGGGAGACCAACUUGCAGCUACUGAUUGAUGUGCUCCUGACCAAUGGGAGACCAGGUUGUACAUACGACAGCCAGCUGUCAACCCAGCUGCCUGUCCUUGCCUGCAACAUGGAUCUGCUAUGGAUGGCUGAGGCCCCAUCACCACGGUUCGGUCACGGGAUGUUCAUGCUGUGUCUGGAGUCAGUCUACAGGAAGCUGACAGGUCGAGAGUUGCAGUAUAGGGCACUGUUGGGAAAACCUAGUCUGGUCACAUACCAGUACGCCGAGCAACUGCUGAGGCUGCAGAACCACAAGCGGAAACUGUCCACCAUCUAUGCUGUCGGCGACAACCUGAUGACAGACAUUUAUGGUGCUAACCUGUAUAACCGCUACCUGGCUCAGCAGCAUGCUGCCAUGACAACCAGUGCCAAGCUGGUUGCCCAGGGAACAGGAAGCCAGAUAGCUCUGGCAGAAGAGGAUCUGGUGUCCUUUGCCCAGUGUCGCUCCAUCCUGGUGUGCACAGGGGUCUACAAACCCCACUCUUCAUUGCCUGGUGACCAGAACAGUAUGAUCACAGAAAUGGUGUUCCAUGGCCACAGAGAUCUGGUACUGGAGCCGGAUCUGGUGGAGCCGAGUCAUGUUGUGGAAGAUGUGGAAGCUGCUGUCGACCUGAUGCUGCAGCAGGAGCUCUCCAAUAACUGACUGACACCUGACUGACAUCCAACACCUGACACCUGGCCGAGAACUGCACCCAACUGGCAUUCGGUUGACUGUCUGACUUUUACUGGACUCUGACCCCCAAAAUUGUUCACUUUAAUUUACGGAAUUUUAAACUAAUAAAG